CGGCUUUCCCUUCCCUUCACCACAAACAGACUCGCAUGGUUACGGCUACUGUUCUUCCACGUCUUUUACUUUCUCUGCUGUAUCGGUACGCUCCGGCCCAUCCUGACGACAAGACAUUUGCUCCGUUGUCGGCCAUAUUCACGCCCUCGAGCACUUGAGCGACUCUACCGCGAAACCAAAGGAAGGAAGGACCUAAGGCAAGAUGAUCGCAGGAAGGGGUCGGCAGCGCAUACGGCCACCACGCAGGGGCCUCCAUGGCGACGAGAUCGACUUUGAGAACACGUGGGCCACCAUCGAGGCUGCCUUUCGAGAGAUCCACACCAAGAACGCCUCGAAGCUAUCCUAUGAGGAGCUGUAUCGCCACGCCUACCGCAUCGUUUUGAAGAAGAAGGGCGAGAACCUAUACAAUAGGGUGCAUGAUUUCGAGCGGAACUGGCUGAGCAGCGAGGUCCGCGCAUCCAUCCAGCAGCUACUCUCGCCAAACCUCCUCGCGAAUGCGCAAAGCGUAGGCGGGACAACUACUAACGAGCGCCGUGUGGCAGGCGAGAAGUUCAUGAAGGGACUGAAGCAAGCAUGGGGUGACCAUCAAGUCUGCACGAGUAUGUUGGCAGACGUGCUAAUGUACAUGGAUCGCGUCUAUUGUGCAGACCAUCGACGGCCCUCCAUCUUCAACGCUGCCAUGGUUCUGUUCCGCGACGAGAUUCUCCACUCGCAGGUCUCCGAGGCCGACGCCCGCGCAAUCCUUGGCCUCCUGAACCACAUCAUCCUCGACCAGAUACAGAUGGAACGUGACGGCGACGUCAUUGACAAGCACCUCAUCAAGUCUUGUGUAUGGAUGCUCGAAGGUCUACACGAGGACGAGAUGGAGUCCGAAGAGCAGCGCCUGUACAACACUUCAUUCGAGAAGGAGUUCCUCGACACCAGUAGGACUUUUUACCGGAAUGAAUCGGAGCUCCUAUUGCGCGACUCCAAUGCAGGUGCAUAUUGCAAGCACGCACGGCGGCGAAUAUACGAGGAAGAUGAGCGCUGUAAACAGACGCUUCUGGAGAGCACCGGACCCAGGAUUCAGAAGGUGGUUGAGGACGAGCUCAUCAAGAACCGGAUACAUGAGCUGGUAGAGAUGGACAGUGGAGUGCGCUUCAUGAUCGACAAUGACAGGCUAGAGGAGCUAAAUUUGAUAUAUGAUUUGAAUAAGCGCGUAGACAAUAAAAAGACGGAGGCUACGCGAUCUAUUCAGAAGCGAAUCGUCGAUAUGGGCUCGGAUAUCAACAAUGACGCCAUCGCCGCAUCCCAGGCACCCGCCGCUGUACCCGUAGCCGACUCCGCAGACAAGGGCAAAGGUGCCACGCAAGAGAAGAGCCUCAACCAACAGACGAUCGCUGCGAUCAAAUGGGUAGAAGACGUGCUGUCCCUGAAAGACAAGUUCGACAAGAUUUGGAGAGAAUCGUUCGAAUCGGAUUCGCUGUUACAGCAGGCUCAGACGAGGAGUUUCGCCGAGUUCAUCAACUCGCCCACCUUCCCACGAUCCUCCGAGUACAUCUCACUCUUCAUCGACGAGAAUAUGAAGAAGGGCAUCAAAGGCAAGACUGAAAUGGAAAUCGACGCCGUCUUAGAAAAAGCCAUCAUCCUCUUGCGGUAUGUGCAAGAUAAGGACCUUUUCGAGCGCUACUAUAAGAAGCAUCUCUGCCGGCGUUUGUUGAUGAACAAGUCUAUCAGCAACGAAGUCGAGAAGCAGAUGAUCUCAAAGAUGAAGAUUGAACUUGGAAACAACUUCACGUUGAAGCUGGAAGCCAUGUUCAAAGAUAUGACUAUCUCCGAGGAGCUCACGGCUGGCUUCAAGAAGCAUGUUGAAGGGCUAGGCGAGAAAGAUCCAAAGCGCAUCGAACUAGCUAUCAACGUCCUGACAAGUAUGACAUGGCCCCUCGAGACUAUGGGCGGCGUUGCCGCCGACGAAGAGGACCAACGGCCAAGGUGCAAUUUCCCCCCUAUAGUGGAGAAGAUUAAACGCGGCUUUGAAAAGUUCUACAGCGAGAAACAUUCAGGACGACAACUCACCUGGCUUGCCAAUAUGGGCUCGGCGGACAUCAAGGCCGUAUUCCCAAAGGUACCACAGAAGGACGGGUCCUUCAAAGAGCGUCGACAUGAUCUCAACGUAUCGACUUACGGAAUGGUCAUUCUACUGCUGUUUAAUGAGCUGCGCACGAAUCAACACCUGACAUUUGAGGAAAUCCAAGCUCAGACCAACAUCCCACACAACGAUCUAGUCAGGAACCUCCAGUCGCUCGCUGUAGCGCCAAAGACGCGCAUCUUGAUCAAAGAGCCCAUGUCCAAGGAUGUAAAGCCCACCGACAGGUUUUCUUUCAACGAAGGUUUCAAUGGCAAGUUCGUUAAGAUCAAGGUUGGUGUUGUCAGUAGCGGAAACAAAGUUGAGAGCGAUCGCGAGCGACGAGAGACUGAGAAGAAGAACGAUGAUUCGCGACAGUUUUGUAUCGAGGCCGCCAUCGUAAGGAUCAUGAAGCAACGCAAAGAACUCUCCCACCAGCAACUGGUUAUGGAGACACUUGGCCAAUUGGCUGCACAGUUCAAGCCCGAGGUUAAUAUGAUCAAGAAGCGUAUCGAAUCUCUUAUUGAGCGUGAAUACCUUGAACGUGUGGAGGGAGUCAAGGAGGGAGUCAAGGUGGAUUCGUAUAGGUAUCUUGCCUGAAGGGGAGGCGUUGUUCAUCCAUCUACGGGCGUUUAGUGAGCAUUGAUUCAAUAUUUGGGUACAUGUCCACCGCGAAUGCAUAGCAUUGGCGUCAAGGGCCAGAUCAGGCGUUAUGAAGAUUCCUGCAUAGAUAUCCACCAGAUUUCAGAAUGAGCGCAAUUUCGGCAAACUUCUAGCAGAGCACGGUUUCUCGAGACAAGCCUGUCGCCCUUGGAGCCACUAUAUAACUUUGUGGCAAUCAUUAAU